CGGCUGGGAGCGAGCGUCUGGGAGCGAGUCGGUCCGCCCUUGGGCCGCCCGGCCCUCAACCCCGCCCCCUGUGCCGGGCGGGACCCGGUCGCUCAGUGAUCCGCCGCCGUGGGGCGCUGCGCUGCGUCCACCCCUCCCCGCCCGCCGGCUUGGUCGGUCAGUCAGUCAGUCAGCCACCGAGCGCGCGGCGCGGGAGCUGCGGGGACUCGCAGCGUCUCCCGGGAAGAAGCGCCGCGCCUGGAAAGGAGGCACAGGCGGCUGGGGAGCAGCGGGAGCAGCGGUGCGGUGUCCCGAGCCGCCACGCUGAUCGGGGCCGCUGGAGGGCGGAGCAGCUGUAGCGAUGGAGCAACUAUCAGAUGAAGAAAUCGACCAUGGUGCUGAAGAAGACAGUGACAAGGAAGAUCAGGACCUGGAUAAAAUGUUUGGAGCUUGGCUUGGGGAACUAGACAAACUUACUCAGAGUUUGGAUUCUGACAAGCCCACAGAACCAGUGAAAAGAUCUCCUCUUCGUCAGGAAACAAAUAUGGCCAACUUUUCUUACCGUUUCUCCAUAUACAACUUAAAUGAAGCUCUGAACCAGGGAGAGACUGUGGAUCUGGAUGCCCUGAUGGCAGAUCUUUGCUCUAUAGAGCAGGAGCUCAGCAGUUUUGGUUCAGGAAAUAGUAAGCGGCAAAUCACAGAAACAAAAGUUACUCAGAAAUUACCUCCUAGUCGUCAUACAUCAAAACAUGGCACCUUGAGAGGAUUAUCAUCUUCAUCUAAUAAGAUAACUAAGCCUUCCCAUGCCAACUACUCCCUGGAUGACAUCACUGCACAAUUAGAACAGGCCUCCUUGAGCAUGGAUGAGGCUGCUCAGCAGUCUGUACUAGAAGAUUCUAAGCCCUUAGUAACUAAUCAGCACAGAAGGACUGCAUCAGCAGGCACAGUGAGUGAUGCUGAAGUGCGCUCUGUUAGUAACUCUUCUCGUUCUAGCAUCACUUCUGCAGCCUCCAGCAUGGAUUCUUUGGAUAUUGAUAAAGUGACACGCCCUCAAGAAUUGGAUUUGACAAAUCAGGAGCAGCCAAUUACUGAGCAUGCUAUUUCUCUGAGAUGUCCCAGCAAGCAGCCCAAGCGUCACAUUGAUUUCACAGAAGAACAGGCUGAGCUGACACCUCACUCCUAUCUGGACAGGGAAACCUCCCUUCUUCUGAGAAACAUUGCAGGAAAACCUUCUCAUUUGCUGACCAAGGAAGAACAGGCAGCAAAAUUGAAGGCUGAGAAGAUCAGAGUUGCCCUAGAGAAAAUUAAAGAGGCACAAGUAAAAAAGCUGGUGAUCAGGGUCCAUAUGUCCGAUGACAGCUCUAAAACAAUGAUGGUGGAUGAGAGGCAGACAGUGAGACAAGUUCUGGAUAACUUGAUGGACAAAUCCCACUGUGGCUACAGUUUAGACUGGUCGCUGGUGGAGACUAUUUCUGAGUUACAAAUGGAGAGAAUCUUCGAAGACCAUGAAAACUUGGUUGAAAAUCUUCUUAAUUGGACAAGAGAUAGCCAAAACAAGCUUAUAUUUAUGGAGCGUAUAGAAAAAUAUGCACUUUUUAAAAACCCACAGAAUUAUCUUCUAGGAAAAAAGGAAACAGUUGAGAUGGCGGACAGAAACAAAGAAGUGCUGUUGGAGGAAUGUUUUUGUGGAAGUUCUGUAACUGUCCCAGAAAUUGAAGGAGUCCUUUGGUUGAAAGAUGAUGGCAAGAAGUCCUGGAAAAAGCGUUAUUUUCUCCUGCGAGCAUCUGGUAUCUACUAUGUCCCUAAAGGAAAAGCAAAGGUCUCUCGGGACCUGGUAUGCUUUCUCCAACUGGAUCAUGUGAAUGUUUAUUAUGGCCAGGACUAUCGGAACAAAUACAAAGCGCCUACUGACUAUUGUCUGGUAUUAAAGCACCCACAGAUCCAGAAAAAAUCUCAGUAUAUCAAAUAUCUUUGUUGUGAUGAUGUGAGGGCCCUGCAUCAGUGGGUCAAUGGAAUCCGCAUUGCAAAGUAUGGGAAGCAACUCUACAUGAAUUAUCAAGAAGCCCUGAAGAGGACAGAGUCAGCUUAUGAUUGGACUUCUUUAUCCAGCUCCAGCAUUAAAUCAGGAUCCAGUUCUUCCAGCAUCCCAGAGUCUCAGUCAAAUCAUUCUAAUCAGUCUGAUAGUGGAGUUUCUGAUACCCAGACAGCAGGACACAUCCGUUCCCAAAGCAUUGUGAGCUCCGUCUUCUCUGAAGCCUGGAAACGAGGCACUCAGUUGGAAGAGUCCAGCAAGUAAAGCAAAUGUAAAGAAUGCUCCCCCUUACCUGCAUUGCUGGACGUCUGUGCAUGUUGGAUGCAAGUGUCUCACACCAACACGAGUGUGUGUGUGGAGCUCAUUCAUUCCUGUGUGACUGUGCACGCCUGCUGAGCAUUCUUAUACUCUCACAUGUCAGCUUACUAGCAUCAAAAAAACCAUCCUCACUCCUCGGGAGGCCCUCCACCAGCUUCCUAGACCCACAGUGGCAUCUGCUUGAUGUGGAUGCAGUCAUGGACUGAAGGUGAACUCCUGAGCCCAGGAGGGGCUAGGGCAGAGAAGCCUCCACAGACGGCUCCCAGUUAGAGCAGUUUGUCAAAGUCCUAUAGCCAGGGUCAGAUCCUGUCACAUCCUGUCACCAUCCAAACAGCUUUUUGCUACAGGAAAUCUUUCCUAGAUUAUAAGGUAGUAUAGCUAUUUAAGAAUAUUGCUGGGUAAAACAAAUUUCCUCUGUGUCCUUGUUACCUGGGGAAUCAUAUUUUAACCUUCCUGACAUUGUCCAUCUUUAUAAUCACCAACUGCUGCAUCCUUUUCAUGCAUGUUCUAGAUUCCUUGCUUUUUAGUUUUAUACUGCCUAAGCUUACCUCUGUAACUAUUUUGUUUGUUGUGUUUUUCUCCCUCCCGCUCCCCUUUUUAUGCUCC